AUGGCCCAGAUUGGUUCUUUUGUUCCCGCAGAAUAUGCAUCUUUCAGAAUAACUCGACAGAUUUUCACCAGAAUUGGCAGUGAUGAUGACAUUGAAACUAAUUCAUCCACUUUCAUGUUAGAAGUCAGUACUACAUUUUCUAAUUUGUUAUUAUUAUUUCCCAAG